GGCGGCAUGAGCGGAGCGGAGCCGGGGCCCGACGGAGCGUCCCGGCCCCGCGGGGACUCCCGGCGGCAUUACCCGGCCCUGCCCGUGUGGGUGGUGGAGGACCACCAGGAUGUGCUGCCUUUCAUCUAUCGUGCCAUUGGUUCAAAGCAUCUUCCUUCCAGUAACAUCAGUUUUGUUCAUCUUGAUUCCCAUCCAGACCUGCUUAUUCCUGUGAAUAUGCCUGCGGACACCGUAUUUGACAAAGAAGCUCUUUUUAGUGAAUUAAGUAUUGAAAACUGGAUUAUGCCUGCUGUUUAUGCUGGCCAUAUUUCCCAAGUAGUGUGGCUUCACCCGUGCUGGGCUCAGCAGAUCUCAGAAGGGGAACACAAUUUUCUAAUUGGAAAGGAUGUAUCAACAACAACAAUCAGGGUUACAGGCAAAGAUAAUUACUUCUUAAGUGAUGGUCUUUACGUUCCUGCUGAUCAGCUGGAAAACCAGAAGCCUUUAAAUUUGUACGUCAUUCUCAUCAAUCCUAUGGAAUCAUCCAACAGCCGUGAAGGAAAUGGUGAAGUAGCAUCUGCUAAAAGACUGAAGCUAAAUACAUAUGACACAGCAAGUGCCACUUCUGCCUCUUCAAAAAAAGAAAUACAAAAUGCAGGUGCCCUGAGCGGGGCAGAAACCUUGGCAGAGGGCUCAGCUUCAAGCUGUCUGAAAAACAGUGAAUGCCCAAUGAGGGACAUUGUUAAAGAUGUCUGCCGAGUACUGCAGAAAGGGGAUGCAUAUGUUUUGGACAUCGACUUAGAUUUUUUUUCAGUUAAAAAUCCAUUUAAGGAAAUGUACACACAGACAGAAUAUGAGCUUUUGCAAGAGCUGUACAAUUUCAAGAAGCCACAUAAAAAUGCAGCAGAGGAAGAGUUGCUGGAUUGUGUUGAAAACCGUGUUCAUCAGUUGGAAGAUCUGGAAGCAGCAUUUGCGGAUUUGUGUGACAGUGACGAUGAAGAAACCCUACAGAAAUGGGCUUCAUAUCCUGGAAUGAAGCCACUUGUUCAACUAGUUCACAGUUUGAAAACCAGGAUGGAAAGCCCAGACUACGAAAUGGUCCAUCAAGCUGGUCUGACCUGUGAUUAUGUGGAGCUUCCUCACCAUGUUAGCACUGAAGAAGAGAUCGAAGGCCUCAUACAAUCCAUUAAAGUUCUACUGACAGAUCUGCCCAAGCCCACACUGGUGACAAUUGCUCGCUCGAGUUUGGAUGACUACUGCCCUUCAGAGCAGGUUGACGUCAUUCAAGGGAAGGUUCUCAAUUUACUACAUUCAGUGUAUGGUUCACUGGAUGUGCACUUAGAUUACUCAAGCACUUCAUCUUCCUCAUGACCUUUCUUCAUGUGUUGCUGUCUAAUGCAGAGGAUUAAUUUAAAUUUUUCAUUAGCUGUGAUUGCAAAGGGAAAACUGCUGUUAUUUCAGCAGGUGGCACUAGAACCCAAGCUGAGCCAGCUAGGGUUUGGGUUGCAUUGCUGUCUCCAAGUCAGCUGCAUCUGAACUGACUGUCAGUUUGGCUGUUUGGCUUUGUUCAGGUUAGGGCUGUAAUUAUUAUUUUUACUGUCUUUUGACUUAAAAUUUGCGCAAGAGAAACAGCUUUUUGUCUAUAAAUUAAAGGGUUUUGUCCCAUUUCUUUUUUCUGUAAAAAAAAAAAUAAAAUAUAUAAUUUCUUAAAAUUUUUGUUUUCUGUUAUGUAUUUUUUUGUA